CCGGCGUGACGUGAGCACGCAGCCUGCCAGGAGGGGGAGGAGGGGUUUCGACAUUUUUUUUUCCUUCCUUCAUUUCCUUUUUUUCCUUUUUCUUUUCUUUCUCUUUUUUUCUCCUUUUCUCCAUCCGUCCAUCUCCUCUCUCUCUCCCCGCCCCUGUGAUGCCCGUCAGCCUCCCGCGGGUGUCUCCGGCGGGCUCCCCUCCUCCUCCUCUCUCACCCAGCCGGGGCUGACCGGGCUGGAGGGAGGGUGGCAGAGGCACAUCCAUGUCACCAUCACACGGCUUUCUCCAUUAGCCCUCCUCGCACGCUAGCAACCAACCCCGGGGCCCCCUGACCCCGGGCUCCGCACAGCCGGCCAGGAGGUUAUUGCCGUUUGCUCUGUACUAUGCUGAAGAUGUCCCAUGGCCACACAACCCAGGAAACUCUGGAGAUCAUGAAGGAGUCAGAAAAGCGUUUGGUUGAGGAGUCUGUAAACAGAAGCAAGGCCAUAUCAAGGUCGCCAAGCAAAGAGGAACAGGAAUCGGAUGAGCCAAAUUCACGUCAAGAACCCCAGAGGCGGAAUCCAAGCCACGGACAUGCUAGGAAAAGAGCCAAGUCAAACUCUAAGUUAAAGCUGGUAAGAAGUUUAGCUGUGUGCGAAGAGUCAUCUGGACCAUUUGUGGAUUGCUCCUUGGAACCUCAGGAUGUCAUCCACUUGCAUAUCAGUUGCCCAUCAGAUAAGGAAGAGAAGUCCUGCAAGGAUGGGCCUGAGAAGGAGGAAAAAAAUAAAGAAAAGGGGCCAAAGAAGAUGUUGUCUAGAGAUUCUAGUCAGGAGUACACAGACUCUACUGGAAUAGACGUACAUGAAUUUUUAGUGAACACACUGAAGAAUAACCCAAGGGACAGAAUGAUGCUGCUAAAAUUAGAACAAGAAAUCCUUGAAUUUAUUAAUGACAAUAGCAAUCAGUUUAAGAAGUUUCCACAGAUGACCUCUUACCACAGAAUGCUUUUACACCGCGCUGCUGCCUAUUUCGGCAUGGAUCACAACGUAGACCAAACUGGCAAAGCCGUGAUCAUCAAUAAAACCAGUAACACACGAAUACCUGAACAAAGGUUCUCUGAGCACAUCAAAGAUGAAAAGAGCUGCGAAUUUCAACAAAGGUUCAUCCUGAAGAGGGAUGACGCCAGCAUGGACCGUGAUGAUAAUCAGAUCAGAGUUCCUUUACAAGAUGGGAGGCGGAGCAAGUCAAUAGAGGAGCGAGAGGAGGAGUAUCAGAGAGUGAGGGAAAGAAUCUUUGCAAGGGAGUCUGCGCAGAAUGGCCAUAUUGCUGAUAACAGAGUCUACAGAGAAGGCUUUUCCGCUAUCUCUCACAAAAGGAGACAAUUGUUUAGAGGCAACAGAGACUUGCUGAAUCGUGGCUCUGGCAGUCAUCAGAGCAGUACUGAAAGUGAAUUAAAGUCUCUGGAUCCAAGACCUUGGAGCAGCACAGAUUCUGAUGGCUCUUGUCGCAAUAUGCGUCCUCCAGUAACCAAAGCCAGCAGCUUCAGUGGAAUCUCUAUCUUGACCAGAGGAGACAGCAUUGGCAGUAACAAAAGCACAACCAACCGUUCUGGCCGACCAGGCUUGCCGAUAGGCACCCCAGAAGUAUGCAGCCAAGCUUCCUCCUCUCAGCAGUCCACUCGAAGCGUCAUACCUUGCACUGCACAUCAACAACAUCCCCAUCCUCACCAGGCACUUCCACCCACUCCCCAGCAACAAUCCAUGAGUAACCACUUAAUGUCACAGACCCUCCAGCCCUCUCCACAACCGGUCCAGUACUCCGCCAGCUCCUGCCCCCAAGUCCUUCUGCCAGUUUCACCUCCCCAGCAGUACAAUCUGCAGUCGGAUGAUUUGAACAGUCACUUUGGGCAGAUGACUCUUAGUCGACAGGGCUCAUCUGAGGCCCCUGAUCCUUCCACUGCCAUUUACCAGUCGCCCCUUAUUUCCCAGCAUCCCCAGCAGGCCGGUUUCAUCAUGACAUCUGGGGGACAAGCCAUUCCCACAACUGGCUACCCUUCCUCAGGGCACCCUUCUCCCACUCAGCAGGUCAUCACACCGCAGGGAUUCAUGCAGCCUCCGCAGCAAAUUCAGGUUUCGUAUUACCCUACGGGGCAGUACCCAAGCUCCAGCCAGCAAUACCGACCUCUCACGCACCCAGCGGCCUACAAUUCACAGCGCAAUCAGCAGGUCACCCAGCCGCCUCAGCAACCUGGUAUGCAGCCCAUUAUUUCCAACCAGCCUCCUGCUUAUCAGGGUAUGAUAGGGGUCCAGCAGUCACAGAGUUCAGCAAUCCUCAACAACCAGAGAGCCAGUGUUGGAAAUCAAAUGCAGAGUAUGAUGGUGCAGUACACUCCAUUACCUUCAUAUCAAGUUCCAGUGGGAAAUGAGUCCCAAUCAGUCGUGCCACAGUCCUAUCAGCAAUCUGUACUGGUGCCCACUAACCAGUCAGUACAGGGAACCAUGCCAACUGGAGGGAUGCCAGUCUACUACAGUGUUAUACCACCAGCACAACAGAAUGGCUCCAGCCCCUCAGUUGGUUUUCUUCCACCUCCUGGGUCUGAACAGUACCAGAUGUCCCAGUCCCCUUCUCCUUGCAGCCCUCCACAAAUCCAACAACAGUAUUCAGGCGUCAACCCUUCGAGUCUGGGUGUGGUGCUGAUGCAGUUGAAUGUACCUAACGGCCCUCAGGCAACUUCGCAAAACCCGCCAUUGGUCCAGUGGAACCACUGCAAAUAUUUUAGUGUUGAUCAACGGGGCCAGAAACCUGAGCAUCUCUAUGGUGCAGAUGCCAGUACACAGGCCAGUAACCUUAUGAACAGCCCCAUUACAUCCCCUGCACAGUCUCCAACACCUUCACCAGGCUCCAACAUAAACAGCGUCUGCACUGGGCUCUCACCACUAUCUGUCAUCCCCCAGUUUCCCCGGCCUGUUGGUCCUGCACAAGGUGAUGCUCGGUACUCUUUGCUUGGACAACCACUGCAGUACAACCUUUCUGUUUGUCCCCCGUUAUUGCACAGUCAGCCCCCUUACUCUGCACAACUGACAGGGAUGAAACAUGGGAACAGAGGAAAGAGGCAAGCUCUAAAAUCAGCAUCUACGGACUUGGGUACAGCUGACAUAGUCCUGGGCCGUGUGCUGGAGAUCACAGACCUACCAGAUGGCAUCACACGAGCAGAAGCAGGCAAGCUUUUCACACAGCUGGCAAUGUCUGGGGCCAGGAUACAAUGGCUGAGGGACGCUCACAGUCACGCCACAGGGCCUGGUGGCGAUAUUAAUGGACCUGCAGAAAAUGGGCGCCAAAUUUACAACAAUGACCUGGCAGCCUUUUAUACCAUCGUUGCCGUCUUCCCCAGCACCAUGGCAGCCCAGAACGCCUCAGUGCAGCAAAAUAGUCCACUUAGCCGCUUCAAAUUGCGCAGUAUCAAAAAGAACUAUGAUUUGCGCAUACUGGAACGUGCCAGCUCGCAAUAGCGUGUGAAGAUGGGUAGGGGAAAGAGUGAGGGAGGGAAUAGAGAUAAAGACCCUAAGGAGUAAAAUGUUUCUCCACCUCUUUUCAACACACUUCUUCCUCUCUCCUUCCCAUCCGUGAUACAGAAGCACACUGGACUUACACAAAUAAAUACAGCCUCUCCCUCUCUCUCCUUUUCCUCUCUGCACCUUGCUAUUCUUUUUCAGCAGCACCCUUCACUCAUUUGCCAUCUCCUAUUUGUUUAUCCUUUCCAUUUGUUUUAUCAUUCUUUGCUCUUGAUUCCUCGCUCCUUUAUUGUUUAACAAUUGCUGCAUUGCUUGCUUUCCUCUUACCACCUCUAUAUGUUUGUUUCUUUUCCUUGCACGCACUCAUGUCGUCUUGCUUGUGUUGCACUAGUCGUCGUGCUCCUGGCAUUUCCUUUUCAUUUUCAUCAUAUCAUUUAUCUUCUCCCUUUUCCUUGCACAUCCUGCAUACAUUGCAUUGAUUUGCAGGCCCUUCUACUUUACAUAUGAAACAUUUUAUAUAUACGGUAUAUAUUUGUUUUCCCUCUUCUCUGCGGUACUUUUUAUACAGACAUUACCCAUUUUCUGAUCGGGAGCAGACGUGCUCUGUAGCGGGUAUAAAGCUGCCAUAGGGUAAAGGAAAGAACUUUUUUUUUUUUUUUUUGCUCCGAGUGGAAAUUUUGUUUUGUUUUUUAUUUUUAUUUUUCUUGGAGUUGGUUGUCCCUGAACAUUGUAUAGUUUUUGUUUUCUUUCUUGUUUUUUUUAUUUUAUUUUGUUUUUCAUGCUUGUGAGAGUACAUUGGGUAUUUAUUUGCACAAAUGGACUGUACUCACUGUAAAUUUUAUUUAAUCAAAUUUUGUUUUUAAAUAUGGAAAAAAGUAUGUGUCA